UGAGGUAUUAGUUUAGGUUGAUACCAGAAAUGAGUGUUUUUGAUAUAGCUGUGUGAGGUCAUUGAAGAGGGUGGUGAGAGAAUGUGAACAAUGAUGUAUGAUGAAUGGCGGGCAUGUAAUGACGUUGGUGUCUUGGUUUAGUGUAGUGAGGUGAUGUGAUGGCUUGAUAGAGGGAGUGUGGGGACCUCGCCUCAACUUGCUAUCUACUCAUAUUGCAAUCCAUAACACAGCUCAAAUCCACAUCCGCACCUCCAAGUUCACGAUAUCUACAGUCAAAAUGGUCAAAGACACUUCCACCGUCAUCCAAGAAUUCAACGAACUAGUCAACAUGACAGCCCCGGAACUGGAAGACUGGCUGACAACCUCUGCCUCCACGUCCUCCGGCUGGGCAAAAGAUGAUGGGUCGGGGGAGAGCAUAGGACACGAAAGCGGGAGACAUAUUGUUGAGAUGUUGAGCAAAAACCCGGAGAGGGAUCCGCAGGGGUAUGAGGAGGGGGAUAUACCCCAUAUGAGAAAAGUGGUGGCUUAUUGCAAACGGCAUUUGGCGCAGGAGGGGGAGGCGAAGAAGGAUGCAGAGGGGAGGAGUUAUAAGAGUUUGAAGAAUUGGGGGCAUGAUGCUUUGAAGAAGGAGUGA